ACAUUUCUCUCCGGGCGGGUCACUUCGCCUGGCAAUUUUGUAUUGCUAGACGUCAUCUUCAGGUCAAAGACCACCUGAACACCACAAGACAUUAACCUACGAUUUCGAUUUCCACGUUUAGCCAUACAGCAACUCAUUCCAAGGCAAUUGUGAGGGUGAGGUCUGGCAUACACAAUCACAUCACAGCGGAGUCUGUAUGAGCGACAAAUAGGACCAACCUUACAGUCCUUCAUCAACAUGGCGGCUACCGACGACGAAGACGACCGCGAGAUGCAGCGCCUCGCCUCCAACAAUCCCGCCAUGACGAUGCCAGCCAGUCAUACAAUAUCACGUGGCGACUUCGACCGUUUACGUUCACGCUCUUCGACAAGAGUGGUAUCCGCAUCCAACCCCGCCGGCGCCGAGGAAACAUUCAUCGAGAAACCCUCCUCCCCAGCAGCGACGUCAAAGUACGAGCACGGCUGGCGGCGCGUUGUCCGCAAUUUCUCGCCCUCAUGGUUCUCCGUGACGAUGGGCACGGGCAUCGUCUCACUCCUCUUGAUCACUAUCCCAUUCCAGGCGGACUGGCUGUAUUGGCUAUCAGUUAUAUUCUUUGGCCUCAACACCAUCCUGUUUACACUCGCAUUCAGCACGUCCGUCCUACGAUAUACCUUGUACCCUGAGAUAUGGGCGGUCAUGAUCGCGGACCCGACGAACUCUUUAUUUCUCGGCACGAUACCCAUGGGCUUUGCAACACUUGUUGAAAGCUGGAUCUUCCUGUGCUGUCCAUACUGGGGAUACUGGUCCGUCACCUUUGCGUGGGUGUGCUGGAUGAUCGACGCUGUUGUCGCGGCGGCGGUGACGGUGUCCUUGCCGUUCCUUCUGAUGUCCCAGAACCAUCAGCACUCCCUGGACCGGAUCACCGCCGCACAGCUACUGCCUAUUGCAGCUACGAUUGUGGCAGCGGGUGCUGGGGCCGAAGUCGCUGAGCUUAUAACCAACCCAGCGCACGCCCUCGGCACCUUGAUCACAUCCUACGUGAUGUGGGGUAUGGCCACACCUCUUGCAAUGACCAUACUGGUGAUAUACUACCAACGCCUGGCACUGCACAAGCUCCCGCCUCGCGAGAUCGUGGUCAGCUCAUUUCUGCCUCUUGGCCCUCUUGGUAUGGGCGGUUACACCAUCAUGUACCUGGGCAAGGUAUCACGCGAGGUCUUUCCGCGGGUCGAAUUCUUCCACAAUCUCACCGUCGCAGGCGACGUGGUCUAUGUUAUGGGCGUCUUCAUUGCCUUGAUCAUGUGGGGUUUCGGUCUGUGCUGGUUCGUCUUUGCCCUUGCAACGAUAUAUUCGACGCGCGAUUUCCCGUUCAAUAUGGGUUGGUGGGGUUUCACGUUUCCGCUGGGCGUAUAUGCAAUUAGCACGAUCACAUUCGGCGUCGAGAUGCCGAGUAUGUUCUUCAAGGUUCUGGGCACAAUAUUCAGCGUGGCUGUGGUGAUUCUCUGGUGCGUUGUGGCUGUAGGAACGGCCAAGGGAGCUCGGUCCGGCAAGUUGUUCUAUGCACCAUGUCUGAAGAAUCUUCCAAAAGAUGACCAACAACCCAAAAGGCAGGAGGAUGAGCUCGACAAAGAGAAGCAACCUGGAAGCUGAGGCCAGCGUAGCUUUGAAAGAGACAAAGCACGUGCGCCAUGAUAAUG